GAGUGGCUGCUUUGCUUCUGCAUCAUUGAGAUGAGGAAGUUAGAGAGAAGAGAGAUGGAAUUCGGGGAGCUAAGAGAGGCAAUAGAGAAAAUGGAGCUGGUAGACGGUCAUGCUCACAACAUCGUCUCUGUCGACACCACCUUCCCGUUCAUCAAUUCCUUCUCUGAAGCCACCGGCGACGCCUUAUCCUUCACUCCUCACUCUCUCUCCUUCAAGAGGAAUUUGAGGGAGAUUUCUGAACUCUACGGCUCAGAAUCAUCCUUGGAUGCUGUUGAAGAAUAUCGUCGAUUAUCUGGAUUGCAAGCCAUUAGCUUGAAAUGCUUUAAAGCUGCAGGAAUCUCUGCUGUACUCAUUGAUGAUGGAUUAAAAUUGGACGAGAUGCAUGAUAUUGAGUGGCACAGAAGUCUUGUUCCAUUUGCUGGUAGGAUAUUGAGAAUUGAACGCCUAGCUGAGCAGAUUCUUGAUGGACUGCAUAUCAAAGUGGUCUUGGACAUCAACCCUAAUGUCACCACGAAGAUGCUGAAGAAGGUCUUUUUGAAGUUCUAUGUGGUUUACCUAGACUUUGGUUUGGCAGUUCCCAAGCUCAGUGUUCAUGGGAUGAUAUCCUUAGUAAAAGAAUUUCUGGAGGUAGCUCCAAUAAACAAGGUGAUGAUCAGCACUGAUGGUUAUGCAGUUCUGGAAACUUACUACUUAGGUGCCAAAAAAGCAUGUGGAGUUAUCUUUUCUGUUCUUUGUGAUGCAUGUAUUGAUGGUGAUCUCCAUGUUGCUGAAGCCACAGAAGCAGCUAAGGGCAUCUUUGGCCGGAAUGCAAUUGAGUUCUACAAGAUUAAUGCAGGUCUGAAAUUUUCAGAUCUAAAGGCUAGUUCGACUCCUUGCUUUGAUGUGGAAAAUGCUGUAGAUACUGGUGCUUCAUUUGUUCGUAGUAUAUGGGUGGAUGCUCCUGGACAGUACAGAUACCGUGUAAGGUUUCUUUUCCUCAGCAUAAAUAAAUUGUGAUUUGACUCAGAACUCCAUGGAAGAGCUUGGUCAGAAGCAAUUCUUUUUAACAGUAUCUGAGAAAUGUGGGCACCUAAAAUGUUUUCCAAAAAUUUAAUAGUUGAUAAUCAUGGUUAAUUACUAGUUAAUAUUUAAUAUCUAAUAAUUGAUAAUCGGUGUU